UUGAAUUUAUUCACUACCAUGCCUUUUUGUCUAUCAAACAUAAAUAUGUUAAAUGCAUUAUUUAAAUCAUAUACUUUAAUAGUUUUCGUAGCAAUCACUCACGCAAGAAUUUCAAAUCGUCUGUUUACAUGCAACAAUGGUAACAAGAUUUAUGACUAUUUCGCUUGUGAUGAAAUACCUGAUUGUGAGGAUGGUAGUGACGAAGACGUUAAUAACUGUAAUAUGCACUUGUGUGAUGGUGAAUUCUCAUGUGAUUCUGGAAAAUGUAUCCCAGAUUUAUGGGUAUGUGAUGGAAUAAAUCAUUGUAGUAAAGGUGAAGAUGAACACCAAAAUAUGUGUAAUACUCGUGUGUGUGACGACAGCACAUUAUUUAGGUGCAGUUCUGGUAAAUGUAUUCCAAAAAAUUGGAUAUGUAAUACAAUUUUAGAUUGUCCUAAUGGGAAUGAUGAAAACGAAUUUUUAUGUAACAAUCGAACCUGUUCGGUGGAUGAAUUUAAAUGCAAGUCUGGUCAAUGUAUUUCAGAAAAUAUUGUUUGUGAUGUGCGUAAUGAUUGUUUUGAUGGCAGUGAUGAAAACAAAGCGAUGUGUGAUGCACGACAAUGUUUUAACGAAGAAUUUAGAUGUGAUUCGGGUAAAUGUAUUGAAAAAAAUAAGGUUUGCGAUGGAUAUAUAAAUGAUUGUGUUGGUGGUGAAGAUGAAAGUGAAAAAAUAUGCCAAGAAAAAGUAUGUGAAAAUAAUGAGUUUACUUGUAAAUCUGGUGUAUGUCUCAAAUUUUAUUGGGUGUGUGAUGGAAGGAAAGACUGUUCUGAUGGAGCAGAUGAAAAUGCAGAAAUGUGUAAAAAUCACACAUGUUCAGAUGACCAAUAUAGAUGUAGUUCUGGAAGAUGUAUUGAAUUUUAUUGGGUUUGUGAUGGUAGAAGUCAUUGUAUUAAUAACGCUGAUGAAGACUUAGACAUGUGUAGGACGCAUAAUUGUUCUGAAGAUCAAUUUAGAUGUUCAUCUGGAAAGUGUCUGGCAUUUUACUGGGUAUGUGAUGGAAACAAUGAUUGUCCUAACAAAGAAGACGAAGACGUACAUAUGUGUAAGGUGCAUGAAUGCGAUCCAGAUCAAUUCAGAUGUGAUAGUGGUAAAUGUUUAAAUCAAGACUGGGUGUGUGAUGGGAUAGCUGAUUGCCCCGAUAAAAAAGAUGAAGACGUAGAAAUGUGCCAAAAACACGUUUAAUAUAAUUUUAUUUUAUCACUUUUAAGAGGAAUUUUCUACAGUCCUGCGCUAUAUUUCCCAACAAAAAUGAACAUUAUUCCUGUUGCGAUUUAUCUAAUAAAGCUAUUUAUCCUCUCCUACAACAAAAUCAAAAAAGUUGAAAACGUGCUCCACACACGCGCAGGAAACGUGUCGUAAACACUGUGCGACGCAGGCUGACGUCGGAGCAGUACUGCGUUGCCCUAACUCAUUCUACACUCAUCCAUUGUAACCGGUAGAUCACAAAAAUCAGCGGUGCAUUCAGACCCAGUUCAAACUUUUACAUACACAUAGGCAAACCUAAUUUUUUCCGCCCCUUACA